GUGUCAGAUACUAAUUGAUUCUUUAACUAAUUUUAUACGAGAGCCCGUUAACCGGGACAAUGGGCCAUUUGAAAGCAUAUUUUAUUAGAGCAUUAUAUGAUGAUCCUUCUUUUAGGUUUUUGAAAGUGAGCUGAAAAUCGGUGAGUCAGUUAAUCUGCCAUGGGGCGGUUCAUUGUAUUGUCUAAUGUCUUUUACCCGCUUUCAAUAUUACUGCGCAAAUUAGGGAAUCUCGAUAGAAGCAGGUCCAUCAACAGCAUAUAAAGCAUUAUGAUCAUACCUUGGUAGCAUAUGAUAUCACAGUUGACAUUUACUUAGUUGUUCAACAUGAGUACCUCAACAUUCGCUGCGAAGGCUCUAGCCGUCUAUCUCUUAUCUACAACCAAUGUGCUGGCCACCAGACCUGCAACCUCCAACCUUUUCAGUAGCUCCUUCGGGCUUGCAGGCCAGAAUGGUACCUUUGAUUAUGUAGUGAGUUCCAAUCUUUGUUCCAAAAACUACUCUUCCGUCUUACUAACUAAACAAAUCAGAUCGUGGGAGGAGGCACCUCUGGGCUCACUACAGCCGCACGGUUAUCUGCAAAUGGUUCUUUCUCUGUUGCUAUCAUUGAGGCUGGUGGCUUUUAUGAGGUUGAUGCUGGCAAUAUCUCAACCGUGCCAGCCUACGAAUCUAAUUAUCUGAAUGCACCGCCUACUGUUGAUUGGAAGAUAUACACGACAAACCAGGCGGUAAGACCAUUUUAAGGAGACCGUUCAAAAACCAUAAGUCUAAAUGCUGACUUUGUGGAUCGUUUUUCGCAGCAACUUGAUGGACGCUCUAUACUCUACUCUCAAGGGAAAACAUUGGGAGGCUCGUGAGUUACUUCCUCACCCCCUCAAGCUCUCUCUAACACGCACUCUAUAGAUCCGCUAGAAAUGGCAUGGCUUAUUCAAGGUAUGGAUUACAUAGUGACUCUCAAUAGGAAGUUACAAUACCAUAGAGUUGGCAGCUAACUUGAUUCUGUCAGAGGUACGGCCAGCUCGUAUGACAUGUGGGCCAACCUAGUUGGAGACAGUAGCUAUAGGUUCGAAGAACUUCUUCCUUACUUCAAGAAAAGUGUUCAAUUCAGUCCUCCAAAUGUGAGCCUUCGUGGAGGGCCACCUGUUUUGUACAAUCAAUCAGGAUUCAGCUCGACUGGAGGACCUCUGCAAGUUUCGUACUGGAACUAUUAUGUCCCAGUUUCCAAAUAUAUUCGAAGGGGACUGGAGAGCCUUGGCUUUAAAGAAAAUGGGCAAAUCCAGAACGGCAAACUUCUAGGAUUUGCUCAGUUCCCAGCGACACUGCAACAAGAGUCUCAGCUUCGCGACUCCUCCCAAACCUCGUUCCUAAAUUCGGCCAUAGCCACCUUUUCAGGACCGUUAGUCUACCCAAAUACGCUUGCUAAGCAAAUUUUGUUCGAUGGGAAGAAGGCAACCGGUGUUCGUGUCAAUACGGCUGGAUGGGAGUAUAUUCUUUCGGCCAAAAAAGAGGUUAUUCUCGCGGCAGGUCCAGUAUGUUUCCAGUCUAUAAAGAAGUUCCUACGGAAAUUCUCUAAUGAUUUUAUAGUUUCACAGCCCGCAGCUGCUCAUGGUUUCUGGCGUAGGCCCGGAAGAAACUUUACAGCAGCUUGAUAUCCCGGUUGUUAGUGCUCUUCCGGGUGUUGGACAAAAUUUGAUGGUAUGUAAAGUUUGCAUUGAGUGACUCGAAUCUUUCGGGAUUUCCGCAUAUCAAUCUCAUUUUUUUAAGAACAGAUAUACUGACAGUUCUAGGACAAUGCUGGCUUUGGUACACUUUAUCCUGUCAAUGCGGUUAGCCAACAUCGUCUUUGGAACAACGAAACAUACGCCAUGGAAGCACAAAAUGAAUUUUACAACAGUCGGUCUGGUCCCUUAACUGCCUUUGCUAGUAACUAUAUCCGUAAGUCUGAUUGAGUCCUCAACCUAAGUCCUCCUUGAAGCUAUAUUUAUUCAACACUAAUACGAUGAAUGCCGAUAGUCUGGGAAAUAAUGCCUAACAGUACCACUGUCAAUGGUACCACACGUAGCGCGCUCUCGGCCAUGUUUCCUUCUGAUUGGCCAGACUUACAAGUCAUCUUUAACGCAGCAGGAGCAGCCGUUAACACGACAGGCGACUUUAUCAGUGUUGGAAUAGUUAUCUUGAAGUCAACUUCAUUGGGCUCCGUUUCGAUUAACUCUUCUGACACGGCUGAUCGACCCUUGGUGGACGUUAAUUGGUUUGAUACAGUGUCUGACCAGCAACUAGGAAUGUAAGUAUGAAUGCGCGUCUUCUAAUCCUACCGAUAGAAUCAAUACUCACUUCACAAAUCUCUAGUCAAGGAUUACGACGAGCUCGUGUUUUCGCUAAUGCGACCGGCGUCUUGGCAGGAGCAGAAGUUAUUCCAGGACCAGCCGUCCAGACUGACGAGGAAAUACUUGAGUGGAUCAAGACAGCGGCAAGUCCAAGCCACCAUGCUGCGGGAACUUGUAUGUUGAUCUUUCUCUCUGGUUUCAAUUCAUCCACAUUAAUCUUGUCCUCAUAAAUGCUAUGGUAUAGCGGAUGACAAGAAAUAUGUAUAUUGGAUCAUUUGUCUUUGAUACGCAAGUAUUCGAGUGCACAUUUUUGACUGACUUUGAACUUAGGUAAAAUGGGUCUUGCUAAUGACACAUCCGCCGUAGUUGAUUCACACGGAUGCGUUAUGGGUGGCAUCUCUGGACUGCGUGUCGUCGACAUUAGCACUUGGCCAGUCCUUCCUCCUUCAGGAGCGCCAGUCGCAACCGUGUAUGCAAUUGCAGAAAAAUUAGCACAGGAUGUAUUGUCAGGACAUAAGUGUGUUUAAGCAGGACAAACCAAGAACCUUUUGGAAGUGAAGAGUAGAUUGAUAACAUAAAGGGACCUAUCACUGGGUUAUUUGGAGUUGGGGAUGUAAUUGUAUCUUUUGUCACGGGUUCAACCCCGUUCCUUAGUUGAUGCCUUAGGCAUCACAUUUCUGUAUAUUAUAAUUUCAAAUUCUUAGAAAAUAAUCUUAUUAAAUAAUUUUUAUA